AUGCCAAUUCUUGCGAAUUCCCAGCGUCUUACUGAAAUGGUCAGGAUGAGCACAUCUCAUCGAUUCAUGACAUCCGAGGGUCUCAUGCCGUCGACAAUAUUCGACAAAGGAGAUGCUGAUAUGGAUGUAUCGGAAGAGAUGGAGGAGGUGAGGGAGUUGCUGUACGAGAUGAUUAAAAAGAACUUCCCCAUGGGUGUGUCAUCCUCCCAUCUGGCUCAGAAGUAUCAUGAAGAGUGA